AUGGCUGGCGCAAGAGGUUGCUUCAACUGUGGUGGCUGCUGCGUCUUGUCCCAAGGCGGGCACGCCGACCUGCUACAACUGUUUGUCCGCUCUUUGUGGAGGAUUAUUCCAAUCGCUGAGAGGUAUAUACUACCAGGUGGCCUUGAAGGCCAUGUCUCUCGAGACUGCACGUCCGAGGCUAAGGCAAAAUCGUGCUUUAAGUGCGGAAAAGAAGGCCACUUGAGCCGUGAAUGCCCCGACAACACCGCUACUGGCGGAUUUUCCAGCUAUAGCGGCGGAUCCGGAGGCCAGGAGUGCUACCGCUGUGGCAAGCCGGGUCACAUUGCCCGCGCGUGCCCCGAGGCGGCGUCAGGAAACUUUGGCGCGUUCGGUGGCGGAGGGUCGCAAAAGACAUGGCAACUACUCUUGCGGAGGUGUCGGGCACCUUUCGCGGGACUGCCACGGGCACAUCUCGAGGGAAUGCCCGCAGCCUCAAAAGAGGGCGUGCUACACUUGCGGUUCUGA